CAGAGCCAAAAUUUGUCUAACUAAUUAGAUUCACAGCUUAUAGUAGUAUAAACGAGAAUGUGACAUUUUCAUUCAUCCAAACAAAAACAAGAAUGGAGUACUUGAUGAGGAUAUUAUUCAUUGUCCUAGCUUUGGUUUUACAUGGCAAAAAAACUUUUAGUGGGGAUGUAGCACCACCUCUAGUCUAUAACUAUUACAAAGAAACUUGUCCCUUUGCAGAAGAGAUCAUUAGGCGUCAAGUAGAGAUUGCAGUGCUCAAAGAGCCUCGAGUGGCCGCUUCUCUUCUCCGUCUUCAUUUUCAUGAUUGCUUCGUCAUGGGAUGCGAUGCAUCGGUACUUUUGGACGACUUUGAAGGAAUAGUGAGUGAGAAACAGGCUACUACUAACUUGAAUUCACUAAGAGGAUUUGAGGUCAUAGAUAAUAUCAAGUACUACUUGGGAAUGUCAUGUCCUUGUACUGUUUCUUGUGCUGACAUUCUGGCCAUUGCUGCUCGUGAUGCUGUUCACCUGAGAGGAGGGCCAAAUUGGGAAGUUUUGUUAGGCAGGAGAGACUCAUUGGAAGCAAACUUAAGUGGGGCCAACAAGUUCAUCCCUGCACCAAAUUCUUCUCUUGAGACCCUCGUUGCCAAUUUUGACCAACAAGGACUAGAUGUUGCAGACUUGGUUGCUUUAUCAGGAAGCCAUACAAUGGGACAGGCAAGAUGUGUAAGUUUCAGACAAAGAGCCUAUGAUGCGGAAUUCUUUCAUGAACAUUAUGACAGGUACAAGAGAUACACCACAUUUCGAAGAAUUCUGCGGUCCAUAUGCCCAGCAUCUGGGAAAGAUCACAGAUUAGCUCCUCUUGAUCUUGUGACUCCAGCCCAAUUUGACAACCAUUACUUCCACAACCUUCUUCAAGGAAAAGGCUUGUUAGGAUCUGACACUGUACUCAUCAGCCAAGAUCAUGAAGGGGUAAUCCUUAAACAGGUUUUGGCUUAUGCCUCAGAUGAGAAGCUUUUCUUUGAUUCAUUUGUUAAGUCAAUAGUCAAGAUGGGCAACAUCAAUGUCCUCACAGGAAACCAAGGAGAAAUUAGAAGGAAUUGUAGAUUUGUAAAUACUUAGUGGUAGCUCAGAGGUUGAUUCUUAUAGGUAUUGUAAUCUACUACAGUAUUAUUUUGCUUUGUUUUUGUAUAAAAAGUUGCAUUUAAUAUACUAGUAAAAAUGUAAGAUCUAAGAACACGACAUUUGUUUAAUAUUUAUUUAUAGAGAAUUUAGUAGGACUACCUACAAGGACAUCUUCUCACUAUAGCGGAGAAUGCCUCCCAAGAGUUUACAAAUCAACACAUUGAUACAAACAUCGCACACGAUUAUAGGCUAUAAACCCGUAAUUGUAAUUUCCAGUCUCCGGUUUUAGGUGUCUCCAUAUCCCCCAACUAAUAAAAACGAGACCAUGUCCCCAACUAACAAAAAUGAACAUUUAUUAAUAUUUUAAAUAUUUGCGAUGACUUUCUAAUUGACUUGUCUUAUUUUGUUUGGGGACAUGAAGACACAUUCUAACUUUGACUUUAUUAAAGCAUGUACAAAUAACUCACUCCCGAAAGGAGAAAUAGCAUGGCAUUCAAGUCAUGCUUCACCUAAAAAUAAAUACUCGUGGACAUGUUUUAUUUCAGGUUGAACUAAAUGUUUUACUUCACCACAUUAGAAAUCUUGUGCAUUUAAUAUAAAGUACAACUCAAACUAACAAAAAUUGACAAUAACCCUUAGUUUUUAAUUGCUUAUUGCAAGUUACUCAAUGCAUCUAUUCAAUCAUUGGCAGUAAAUCUACAAAAAAAAAAAAUACGCAACUCUUCUUUUACCAUUUUAUAUCACAAGGUGUUAAGUAUCGAAUCCUACUUAUUUUAUUUUACAUUAAAAUAUAUGGGACCUAAUGCUUUAUUGCACCAAUCAAUGUAUAAUUGUGUUGAACACCAUAGGUGCACAUUGUACAAU